GAUUUCUUGAGAGGGAAAGGCAAACGCUGGAAUUGAAAGUGUGAUAUGACUAAGAAUAUGCGCUCUGUGUCAUAUUGCACGCCCCUCCAAUGAAAGGAAAUUCACACACGGAUCUCACAUGUCCGUUUAGGAAGAGGGAGACACCCUGUGUUGUCCAUAUCUGACGUUAAAUACGAACCAGAAGCCCUGCUAUCUUUCAUACCUUAUCCCCCCCAACUUUUUAUUUUGCCUUCGUCUCUCUCGUUUUCUUUCCUCCUUCGCAUGUCUUUUCAACCGCCUUUUCGAUUAUAAGGUUCUAAGGCUUGUGUUAGUAUUUGGUGCUGGUGGUUCGUUUCUUGUUUGGCGUCAGGCCUGCUAUGUUCUGUACUAGCAAAUUGUGGACCUAGAAUACCUGUUUCUCUUAGCAUCAGAUGACGAUGACAGUGCAGAGGGAGCCGGAAAGAGUUAUGAAUCACAGGGGAGGAUCCGUCUUGGGGAGGAAGACGAUAUUGAAAAGUGAUCAUUUCCCUGGUUGCCAGAACUAUCGAUUGAUGCCCCAGAUUGAAGGAGCUCCAAAUUACAGACAGGCUGGCUCUUCGCAUGUCCAUGGUGUUGCUAUACCUACUAUAGAUGGGAUCCACAAUGUGCUUGAUCACAUUGGAGCGCAGAAGAAUGGAGAACAAAAGCAAGUACUUUGGAUAAAUCUACGGGAGGAGCCUGUGGUGUACAUCAAUGGCCGACCAUUUGUUUUGCGGGAAGUGGAAAGGCCUUUCUCCAAUUUAGAGUACACGGGAAUCAACAGGGUGAGGGUUGAACAAAUGGAAGCACGAUUAAAAGAAGACAUAAUUUUGGAGGCCUCAAGAUAUGAAAAUAAGAUCCUUGUGACUGAUGAACUGCCAGAUGGCCAGAUGGUAGACCAGUGGGAGCCAGUGACUCAAGAAUCCAUAAAAACACCUCUGGAGGUUUAUGAGGAGCUUCAGGCAGAAGGAUACCUUGUUGAUUAUGAGCGUGUUCCUAUUACUGAUGAGAAGUCCCCUAAGGAACGGGAUUUUGAUAUGUUGGUACAUAGAAUCUUGCAAGCAGACAUAAAUGCUGAAAUAGUUUUUAACUGUCAAAUGGGACGUGGAAGGACUACAACUGGAAUGGUCAUUGCUACUUUGGUUUAUCUUAAAAGAAUAGGGGCAUCAGGUAUCUCCAGGUCAAAUUCAAUUGGAAAAGUUCUAGAUGGGGGGGCUCAUGUAAUUGAUAAUGUCCCCAAAUCUGAGGAAGCAAUGCUUAGAGGUGAAUAUGCUGUUAUACGAAGUCUAAUUCGUGUUCUGGAGGGUGGAAUAGAAUGUAAAAGACAAGUUGAUAAAGUUAUUGACAGUUGUGCCUCUAUGCAGAACCUACGAGAAGCUAUUGCUACUUAUCGAAAUAGUAUUCUUCGGCAACGAGAUGAGAUGAAGAGGGAAGCAGCACUUUCCUUUUUCAUGGAAUACUUGGAGCGCUAUUACUUCCUUAUCUGCUUCUCUGUGUAUCUUCACACAGAGAGGUCAGCCCUCCUUCCCAAUGGAUCAAGUCAAAACAAUUUUGUUGACUGGAUGAGAGCUAGGCCCGAACUCUAUAGCAUUCUUCGCAGAUUGCUAAGGAGAGACCCAAUGGGCGCUCUUGGUUAUACAACCUCAAAAACAUAUUUGGUGAAAAUUACAUCGUCACCUGAUGAUCAUCCAUGCAAUCUUGGAGUGGUUGCGGCUAUGCGAAAAGGGGAAGUGCUCGGAAGGCAGACAGUUCUAAAAAGUGACCAUUGUCCUGGCUGUCAGAAUCUCACUUUGCCUGAGAGAGUUGAAGGUGCUCCAAAUUUCAGGGAUAUUCCAGGGUUUCCAGUUUAUGGGGUUGCUAAUCCAACUAUUGAUGGUAUACGAGCUGUUAUCCAGAGGAUAGCUAGUAGAAAUGAAAGUUGCCCUAUAUUGUGGCACAAUAUGAGAGAGGAGCCUGUUGUCUAUAUUAAUGGUAAACCUUUUGUGCUUCGCGAGGUGGAAAGACCUUACAAAAAUAUGUUGGAGUAUACGGGAAUAGAUCGUGAGAGAGUUGAAAGGAUGGAGGCCAGGUUAAAAGAAGACAUUUUAAGGGAAGCAGAGCUAUAUGGAGGCACAAUAAUGGUGAUUCAUGAAUCAGAUGAUGGGCAAAUAUUUGAUUUGUGGGAGCAUGUAAAUUCUGAGGUUGUUCAAACCCCUUUAGAGGUUUUUAAAAGUUUGGAGACUGAGGGUCUUCCAGUUAAAUAUGCAAGAGUUCCAAUAACUGAUGGGAAAGCUCCCAAGAGUUCCGACUUUGAUACACUGGCUAUAAACAUUGCAUCUGCUCCAAAGAAUGCUGCAUUUGUUUUCAAUUGCCAGAUGGGUCAGGGGAGAACAACUACUGGCACUGUUAUUGCUUGCCUUGUGAAACUUCGGAUUGACUAUGGAAGACCAAUUAGAGUUCCACAUGAAGUAGUAUCUCAUGAAGAAAUUGAUAGUGGUUCUUCAAGUUGUGAAGAAGCAGGAAAUGAAAGUGCUCCAGGUGCAUCAGAGUCUAUGAGAGCUAAACACGGAAAUAAGUUGCAUCACACUUUUGGAAUCAAUGAUAUCUUGUUAUUACGAAAGGUCACAAGACUAUUUGACAAUGGCAUUGAGUGCAGGGAAGUGUUGGAUGCUGUCAUUGAUAGAUGUGCAGCAAUGCAAAAUAUCCGGAAAGCUGUUCUAAAGUAUAGAAAGGUAUUUAAUCACCAAAAUGUGGAGCCAAGGGUACGCAGGGUGGCACUAAAUCGUGGUGCAGAAUAUUUGGAGCGGUAUUUCCGGAUGAUAGCUUUUGCUGCAUACGUUGGAAGUGAAGCUUUUGAUGGUUUCUGUGGGCAAGGCGAAUCAAGAAUCACAUUCAAGACUUGGGUACAUAGAAUGCCUGAGGUCCAAGCAAUGAAAUGGAGCAUAAGGUUGCGGCCAGGGAGAUUCUUCAAUAUUCCAGUGGAACUGAGGACACCUCAUGAGUCUGAUCAUGGUGAUGCAGUGAUGGAAGCUCUAGUUAAUACUCGUAGUGGUUCUGUCCUAGGGAAAGGUUCCAUACUUAAGAUGUACUUUUACCCUGGUCAGAGAACCUCGAGUUGUAUGCAAAUUCCUGGUGCUCCACAUGUUUACAAGGUCGAUGCAUAUCCUGUGUACAGCAUGGCAACACCUACAAUUGCUGGGGCCAAAGAACUGUUGAAGUUGUUGGGUGCCAAAUCAAUAGGCCCUGGACGUACUGGGAAGAAAGUAGUUGUGACUGACCUGAGAGAGGAAGCGGUUGUUUACAUCAAUGGAGUACCUUUUGUACUUAGGGAGCUGGAUCAGGCUGUUGACACGCUCAAGCAUGUGGGGAUCACUGGCCCUGUGGUUGAACAUAUGGAGGUCCGCUUGAAAGAAGAUAUUAUUACGGAAAUAACACAAUCUGGUGGUCGAAUGCUUCUGCAUCGUGAGGAACUUAAUCCAUCAUCCAAACAUCCCAAUGUGAUUGGAUACUGGGAAAAUGUCUUACUAGAUGAUGUGAAGACUCCUGCUGAAGUUUAUGCCGCUCUUAGUUAUGAAGGCUACAAUAUCAAAUACAGGAGAAUACCUCUUACGAGGGAAAGGGAAGCCUUAGCUGCAGAUGUUGAUGCAAUUCAAUCAUGCCUAGAUAGCUCUGCAAGCUAUUAUCUAUAUGUUUCUCAUACGGGAUUUGGAGGUGUCGCAUAUGCAAUGGCUAUUACUUCACUUAGGCUUCGAGCUGAUGAAUUGUCUCAAUCAGAGAGAUCUGAAUUGUUGGACAGGAAACAUCUUACUUUGGUUGGUCAGGAACAGUUGUCUAAAUCUUUGGGUGAAGAAGAACCAUUUGAACAUGGGGAUUACCGUGACAUUCUGAGCCUUACUAGAGUAUUGAUGUAUGGGCCGCAAAGUAAAGCAGAAGUAGAUGCAAUCAUAGACAGGUGUGCUGGCGCUGGAAACCUGAGAGAUGACAUCCUACACUACAAAAAAGAGUUGCAGAAAUGUUCUGACAUUGAUGACGAGAAUAUGGCCUACCUUAUGGACAUGGGCAUCAAGGCCUUAAGGAGGUACUUUUACCUGAUUGCAUUCAGGUCUUAUCUCUUUACUACUGUGAAGGCAACUACUGGCACAAAUGAAUCACGAUUCACUUCAUGGAUGGAGGCAAGACCAGAACUCGGCCACCUGUGUGACAACCUGAGGCUUGACAAAUAGCAGUUUUUUGGGGUUUACAAGUCAGGGAAAACUUUGGCUAGUAGAAGUGAUCUGUGGUUUGACGGGGACAGUUGCAGCAUCUCUUUUGGUGAAAGUGUAUUCAGCAUCUCUUUUGUAGCUGAAAUAAUAGCAGCAAAAUAUGGAUGGAGACUGCUGUAACAGUGUGCUAUACGAUUUUCUUUGGCAGGUCUAGAUUUCCCUUUUCAGUUGGCAUGACUGAGUUGUGCACAUAAAUGUCAUCUCAGCACAUGUAAGCGUUCAUGAUUAGAAUAGGUAGCAUCCUACUUUGUUUUCUGCGCCUUGGUGCCAACCUGUGUAUUUGACGUCAGCACAUAACCGGGAUUAGAAUAGUGGGGAUUGCUCAUCCUUUGUAUAUCUAGGAUAGGUGUUUUUCCUUUUUCAUUUGAGUGGUGCGAGUACAUUAUACACUGAGGUGUACAUUUUGUGCAUACAGAUGAUGUAUAGUUAGUGCAAGAUAGUGAUAUGUCCAUUUCAUAUAA